AUGUCCUCAGGUUUCCACCCGUUCGGAGGGCGAGUGAGUAAAAGAUUUGGCGACAAGUCCCUCCAACCUGACGACGCCUAUCUCAGCUAUCACGACAUUCGAUUGACGGUGGAAGAUGUCGACUGCAUUAAGAAUGACUGGCUCACCGACAACGCAAUCGCCUUUUGGGAAGAAUACCUCGAACACGAAAAACUCAAAGACUUUCCCAAAGCCAAAAUCGUCCUCCUCCGGCCCAGCAUGGCCUUUAUGCUCCUCCAAACCCGCGAACCUCUGAGCUUGAAAUCCGCCCUCCCCAGUUUUGAAAACACAACCCACAUCUUCUUGCCUGUAAACGACUGCCGCGACGUCGAACAUGCAGAAGGCGGGUCCCACUGGUCCCUGCUUCUCGUCAGUGUAGUGGACGGUGUGGCUUUCCACUACGACAGCAUGUGCCCUUCCAACCUCGAAGAAGCGAAAAUGCUCAGUCACCACAUCUCGCAAUUAUUGCAAAAGCCGUUGAAGUUUGUGAAUCUGGAUGAUUCGCCACAGCAGGAGAAUGGAAGUGAUUGUGGUGUCUUUGUGUGUUUGUUGAUGCAGCAUUUGUUGUUGGGCAGACUUUUGCAGGCACAUGCUCAGGAUAAGGUCAGUAUGAGUAUGAAGGGUAAAGCUGUGGAUGCUACGGGAGGGAGAAAGGAAAUGUUGAGGGUUAUUGAGAUGUUUAGAAAGGAGGGAGAGAGGAGACGCUCGUGA